UGCUUUUCGACUGACAGCUCGCAGCUAGUGAAGUUUACUGGGAGUCUACAAAACGGUCACUGUUUUAGCCUCCCCUAGUGGAUUUUGGCUUUAUUUCGAACGAUCCCUCGGGAUUAUUCUUUAACAAUGAAAUAAGAAGUAAUCAUGGUAGUAAAUUCAGUGCACUGGUUUCGCAAAGGUCUGCGGUUGCACGAUAAUCCGGUGUUGCAGGAGGCCCUCAAUGGAGCGGACACCGUGCGGUGUGUUUAUAUCCUAGACCCGUGGUUCGCUGGCGCAGCCAACGUGGGAAUCAACCGAUGGAGGUUUCUGCUGGAGGCUCUGGAGGACCUGGACAGCAGUCUGAAGAAGCUCAAUUCCAGAUUGUUUGUAGUCAGAGGGCAGCCUACUGAUGUUUUACCAAGGCUUUUUAAGGAAUGGAAAGUGACCAGGUUGACAUUUGAAUAUGACCCAGAGCCUUAUGGGAAGGAGAGGGAUGGAGCCAUCAUCAAGAUGGCCCAAGAGUUUGGAGUGGAGACCAUUGUCAGAAACGCACACACCCUCUACAACCUGGAUAGGAUAAUAGAGGCGAACAACAACAGUCCUCCUCUGACCUUUAAGCGGUUUCAGACCAUUGUGAGCAGACUGGAAUUGCCCAGGAGACCUUUGCCUCCCAUCACCCAGCAGCAGAUGGAAAAUUGUCGCACUGAAAUAGCUGAUAACCAUGACCAGCUAUACAGCAUACCUUCACUGGAAGAACUAGGUUUCAGGACAGUAGGUUUGCCUCCAGCUGUGUGGCGGGGAGGAGAGACAGAGGCCUUGGACAGACUCAACAAACAUCUGGACAAAAAGGUGUGGGUGGCCAACUUUGAGCACCAUCGUGUCAACACGUGCUCUCUGUAUGCCAGUCCCACUGGCCUCAGCCCCUACCUGCGCUUUGGCUGUCUGUCCUGUAGGGUUUUGUACUACAACCUCAGAGAGCUCUACAUGAAGCUCCGUAAGCAUUGCAGUCCUCCUCUGUCCCUGUUUGGCCAGCUGUUAUGGAGGGAAUUCUUUUACACAGCUGCCACCAACAACCCAAACUUUGACCGCAUGGAGGGAAACCCCAUCUGUGUUCAGAUCCCAUGGGACCAGAACCCAGAGGCACUAGCCAAGUGGGCUGAGGGUCGGACUGGUUUUCCCUGGAUUGACGCCAUCAUGACCCAGCUGAGACAGGAGGGCUGGAUCCACCACCUGGCCCGGCAUGCCGUCGCCUGUUUCCUCACCAGGGGAGAUCUGUGGAUCAGCUGGGAGAGUGGCAUGAAGGUGUUUGAGGAGCUGCUGCUGGAUGCAGACUGGAGUGUAAAUGCUGGGAGCUGGAUGUGGCUGUCCUGCAGUGCCUUCUUCCAGCAGUUCUUCCACUGCUACUGUCCUGUUGGCUUUGGGAGGAGAACUGACCCAUCAGGAGACUACAUCAGGCGUUACAUCCCCAUCUUGAAGGACUAUCCAAACCGGUACAUUUAUGAGCCAUGGAACGCCCCAGAGUCGGUCCAGAAGGCAGCCAAAUGUGUGGUGGGAGUGGAUUACCCCAAACCUAUGAUCAACCACGCAGAGGGCAGCAGGCUCAACAUUGAGAGAAUGAAACAAGUUUACCAGCAACUCUCUCAUUACAGAGGACUCAGUUUACUAGCAUCGGUACCAACGAUCCAAGAGGAGGCAGAGCCACCAAUGACUGAUGAGUCCCGGACCAGCAGUGGCCCUGACUCUCCUCCCAAAGGUCCUGCUGACAGUGAAGCAGCUGACUGCUCUACAGUUCCUGAUUCAUCCACAGUCUCCACCUAUUCCCCAUAUCCAGACCUGGAGGGGGCAGCAAACAGUCACCCUUCCCAGACACCCUGCGCCUGCUCAGUCUCACACACACAGCCAUCUGCAGCCAUAACAUCUACAGCUGCCAGCCAAGCUCUGUAUACAGCAGCUCCUCCCUCCCCAUCCUCAACACCAACCCAGAGCAGUCUGUCAAGGUUCAAACCCUCCUCCCCUUCUUCUUCUUCAUGUCCCACCAUGUCCCCAUCCCCCAGUCCAGCCAUGACCAUGACUCAGCACUCCUUUUUGGGGCAGAAGAGGAAAGGCCUGGUCAGCAAGGUGCGGUGUAUCCAGAGGCAGCGAGGGCAACAAAGCUGCACUGCAGCAGCCGGGGAGGUAGAGAGGAGAGCCGAGGAGGAGGAGGAGGAGAGGGAGGAAGCCGGAGUCGAGGAGAGGAUGGAGCAGGAUGUUGAGCAGGAUGAGGAGAGAAUGGAGGAAGAGACAGCAGGUCAUCAGCAGUGAUACGAGGUGGAAAUCAAAAGAACAAUCUUCAAAACAUCCAUCCCAGACAACUGGACUCAUAAAGACAUACAAGGGAAAGUGUUCUGGAUAUGUGUGCAACAUAAAUAUAUAUUUGGGUGGAAAUCAAAAGAACAAUCUUCAAACAUCCAUCCCAGACAAUUGGACUCAUAAAGACAUACAAGGGAAAGUGUUCUGGAUAUGUGCGCAACAUAAAUAUAUAUGAGCAUGCAUACAACACAAGUGGAAGCUGGUACAAAUGCAUUUUUACUCACAUUUACUCCAGCCAGAAAAUAAAAAUGAAAAGCAUUUAAAUAAGCGUAGCUCCAUGAAAAUAAAUUACCCAUUUUAACAUUUUAGAACUGAACCAGUCUAGAAUGAUAGUAAAUUACUCAAAUAACAUUUUUAUUUAAAAAAAAAAAAAUGGAGGAGGUCCUAAACAUUUAAGUAUUUUUUGACGAGUAAUCUUUUCUGGUAUAUAUUUCGAUCUAUGAGACACAUGUAGCUAAGAAUGGGCAACCUAAUGCACUGCAACUCUCACACCAUAUCCACAUUGAACCCAUACAACAUAGUGUGGCGGUUAGCACGACACCCCUCUGCUUGUCCUUUUGAUUCUGUUAACGUCAACUGCCUAAACACACUUGUCCUGUUUCUACACCAGACUCUCUCUGGGCUCUUUUGUUCUGAGAAAGAAAAGUAACUCAGUCAGUGGAUGAAGCAUUGUAUUUUGACAUUUUGCGGUAAUGAAUUUGCAUAACAGCAGGUUCAGCAAGUUAAUGACCACUAAGUCCCAAAGUUGGGGCGGCCUCUAGUUCACCCGGUACAGUGUGCGCCCCAUGUAGGCGGAGUCCUUUGCAGUGGCCCCGGUUGGAAUCCGACCUGCGAUACUUAAAGGCCCUGGACGCCCACACAGGUGUUUUCGGAUAAUCUGGCUGACUGGACCUCAUCCCAGGACUGUGUCUAGGUGUAUAUAGACUGAUUGACAUCUCCCUGAGCCUCAUGUUAGCUUUUUUGCACUUGUGAGGGCAGGACAAAUGACACCUUUUUAUUAUCCUUAUUGGUAGAUGAAAUUUUUGACUUAUCAAAUUCCCAUCGAAGCUCCAGCCCACCUUCAACCUUAGCAGAGGUCUAAUCCAGCCAGAACAACUGAAAUCACCAGUCCCAGAGUUAUGGGGCGGCUGUGGCUCAGGUGGUAAGAGUGGUCGGAAGGUUGGUGCGUGUCGAAGUGUCCUUGGGCAAGACACUAAAUCCCGAAUGUCUGUGAAUGUUUAUCUGAUUAACAGGUGGCACCUUAUGCUGCAGCCUCAGGCACAGUGUAUGAAUGUGUAUGCAUGGUGAACGGUUCCUGUACUAUGUUAAAGCGCUUUGAGUAGUCGUUAAGACUAGAAAAGCGCUACAGGCUACAUUCUGGGUCCAUAAUCAAAAACGUACUAUUCUCAUUUAGAGACAUGCAGGAACACUAAUAAAGCUUCAGACAGAUAUACUAACUUAACUUUCAGUAAAAUGUAUUAAACUUCACUUUAUAUUGUAUAAUGUUAAUUUACUUCUCAAUGUUUAGUUGUGGACAUUUUGGGCCUCAUUUUUAUUCAGUUGGUAAAACCGUGAAGCCAACUCUGGCCCCAGGGAAAUGGAAGGUUAUUCUUUUCAAGUGGCCCUGGUGAAUUUGUUCAGGAUGUUCUCCUGGUUUUGUUUUUAAAAAAAAAAAAAAAAAAAACUCCCUUUUGAACAUUUCGUUUAUUUGAAUCACUUACAAUAAUUUUGGAAGAUUGUGCAUGAUGAGAUGUGAGAUGUACAUGUUCUUAUUUAUGUUAUUUUAAUUAUAUUAUGUGUAUUUUUACAUGUUCAAAAUAAACUACAAAAACUAAACUUAAAAACUAAACUAAAGAAAAUGCUACAUGUUAAUAUUUAAAUGUCCAAUGUGGAUGUUUUGGAAAAGAUCUGAUAUUUUUUGCUAGAUGCAUUUUUAUAUUCCACCUUCCUAAAUCCUAAAUUCCCUGUCUGUUUUGGAGGGUCACACAUCUGUGAAAGUAUAGCAAAUUGCUAAUUGAAACUAUCUGAAUUAACAAGUCAAGACCUUCUCUGUGAACAGAUUUAAUCUAGCUGGCAAUUGAAAAUGCCACUUGUGUGGAAUGAAUGUAGAGAAAAAACCCAAAGCAACCACUAGAGGGUAGUAGAUGUAGUAGUAGCCAUUUCUGCACAUGGUCAGUGAAUUGUAGAGAUUAGUUGUCGUAAGUUUACUACGAUGGCAAAUAAAGCUUGGUUAACUAAGCUAACUCUUGGUUAUAUAGCCCUGUUAUGUGACCCAGAUAAAGUAAUAACACAAAUACAGCCUAUGUAGUAAACCACCCCUCUUUAUUAUCAUAAAACAUUUUUUCUAACUGUAUCCCUUCUUGUCAUUUGUCUUGCUAUGAACGUGUACAGGGUCAAGUGCCAACAAUUAACAAUUGAGACGAAUAUGACUUACAUUAUAUAAUUACAAUUUGGCAUUUCUUAAAAUCAACAAUUACCAGUCAUACGCCUUAAGAUUUUAGCUAAUGUUAGACAUGAAUUGCGGUUAAUCAAAGACACCGCAAUUGGACAGUUGUGUAAUAACUGUUACAGGCCUAUUUUCCAAGUUAAACUUUCAGUGCAGAAUAAGCAAGCCAUAGUGGCAGUUUGACUUUGUGAAACCCCCUCAGUGUUGCGUGGAUGGGUCGAAGUUUAGCCAAAGAGAGAUUAUAGAUUUUUAAGAGACAAACCUCACAGCCAUUGCAAGUGUUGUUCUGUUUAUGUAAAAGACAAGUGGUAACUGUAAAGUUUGAAUCCUAAAAAGGUAAAAAAAUGAAAUAAAAAAUUAGCUAUUGGAACCCCCAGUUCAGGCUCUCAGGGUUGAACUGGACUAACCAAAGGUCAGAAAAGCUCGCAGUUCCCACUUUUUCUGAACACAACACAAGUCCUGAUCAGAUGCUUGUGUUUUGCCAUACAUUCCAACAACAGUAUGAUGCUCUGCAGGCCCAGAGGUCUGUCUAACUGGAUAUUUAUUUGUUUUUUAUUGUACAAAAAGAGUUUAUUUUCAUUAAAAUUGCUGAAGGAA